AUGAUACUGAAAACUGCCAUCCACGCACGCGCCGCGCGGCGAAUGAAAAAGGCGCAAAAUCUCGAAUUCAAAUCCAUGUACCCGAUUUUACCACCGUGCUCGUCCUUUGCCCUCUACCGUUCCAAAGAUGUUUUUUCUUGUUUCGUCCUUCACAGCAAUGAGUUUUUGGAAAAGUCUGGAAACGUGCUUAUUGAGAAUAUUGAUGAUGUCAAUGAGUGUCUCCGGAAGUGUAUCCAAGCUCCGAUGAACCAUAAAAUCAAAUGUAAAACUGUAAUGUAUAAUGUGAACACCCAAAAUUGCGUUCUUUCAAAAUAUGCGAGACAUGAGAGAAACAUCAAAAAAUCAAAAGGACUUCAAAUAGACCUUUACGAGAAUCGAUGUGCCUCUACUGAGAACGAGACGAUUCGCUUGGCUAUUUUCACAGAACAAACUAGAACAACAGCGGCUCCAGUCAAGACUAUUGGAGUUAUUGGGAAUGUUAUCUUGACUCCAGGUGCCACUACAAAUGCACCAAUUAUCACUACCCAACAAGCUGUUCCAACAACCAACGAGUUAAGAAGAGUUCAUGCGGUGAAGCAAUUCCCAUUGGAUCCGAAGAACGGGAUUUUUAGUAAAACUGUUUAUGCUGAUCAACCAUCACCACCACUUCUUCCACAGAGAUUUGUCGAAAAGAGAAACCGAAACGCCAAAGUCUUCAUCUCUCCCCGCCCAUUAGUGGAUUCCACAUCGCAAGUAGUGUGGACACCUCCUCCACCACAAGUUCAAUCUGAUGUUUCCUACCUGGCCAAAGAGAGAAGACAAAGAAGUGAAAGACCGCCAGUUUUUGAAAAUCUGGCCGCUUGUUUUAUCAAAACCCAGAAUCGUAUUCUACACAAAUUCGAAGAAUCCCGUAUUGGUGGAGUCACCUUGGAGACUUGUAUGAGACAAUGCUCUCAUAAUUCUCUCAACUUCUAUUGCGCAUCUAUUAAUUAUAGUUUUGGAUUAAAAGUUUGCACAUUGAACGGUGGAAACUUGCAUUUGAAUGGAGGUGACACUUUGGUAGCUUCGAGGGAUUUUGACUAUUUUGAGAACACUUGCCAGCCACGGGGAACUACUACCACGGAAUCAUCAAUCGGAAGUUCGGGUACGAAGAAGGAAUGCUAUCGAUUGUAUAAUAAUUCUAUUUACAACUCGUUUGAUGCCACUAUUGUUGGAGGAUUACAGGAUUUAGAGAGCUGUGAAUCUGAAUGCUCCUGGUCCCACAUCCGUCGUCGUGAGAAAUGUCUUGGAGUAAAUUGGAUUCCAACAACACGUGGAUGUAUGCUGUUCCAUAAGCAAAUCGACUUUAAUAUCCUUCAGCCAUCAUUCAAAGCACAGUUCCUGGCGAACACUUGUACAUACACCACGGAUCAAUCAUCUAGCAGAUCUUCGUUUUCUUCGUCGAAAUCCGGUUCUGAUCCAGAUUACUAUGAUCCUAACCACUAA